GGUAGUUAAUUUUUUUUUAUUACUCAUAAAUCUCAGUAUUACGUGCCAUUUUGUGACAGCGGGUACUACUAAAACUGGGGCCUUCUACAAUCAAAUUCGACGCCAAUGGAGCAUCGUCCCCAAUAGUCUUGUACCUCUGGGAAUACUAGCGGGCUUCGCUUGGAUUCGAAAAUGAGAUCUGCAAUCCCAAACCUUCACUAACGCGGCAGAUAUAUCGUUAGACUAUCUUACCUUUGGUAGACUUGUAGUUAGUUCGGCCUGCCUAUAGCAUGUGCGAUUCUGUAAAAGUAAACGAGAAAAUCGAAAACCACGCAGCAUGACGUGUCGUUUGUUGAGCAUACCGGGAACACCGUGGCCCCUUAUCUGCUCACCACGUGUCUAUCUAUAUCCAGCGCCCCGCCACGUACCCCUAGCAACCAUGCACCCUCGAACGAACUUGUACAUAAAAACAGCCGCAGCUCAGCUCAGCUUCGUUUCAACCACUACGACAAAACACAGUACUAGAAAAAAAAACCUUUUCAACUACACAUAAGGUCGGAACUACUCCGCGAAAAUUACAAUGGUGGGCGGCGCGUGGACGACGAUGAUCGGCGGCCGGUUGAGAGGAAUGAUCACCUCAUCGACGACAGCUCCCAACAUUCGUGCCUACGCACACGCGACGGCUCCGAUGAUGAAGCCGGCGGCUCACCAACACCACCACCACGAGGCGGCGGCGGUGAUGAGGAAGCAGCGGUGGGUGGCGCGAGGGGAGUUCAUGCCGGUGUACGUGGCGCUGGGGAUGAUCACGCUGGCGGUGACGCUGGGGCUGUACACGGCGAAGGAGCAGAUAAUGCACGCGCCGAACGUGAGGGUGAGGAAGCGGGAGCGGGAGAGGGUGGGCGAGGUGGUCGAACCGGACCGGGUGGCGGUGGAAGGGGAUAAGUUCGUGAAGGGCUCGUUCUUCAGGAAGGUGGCUCACGUCCAGGAGUAGUUCGAUCCUAGCGGGAUUGCCAAGUGAAGUGAGUGAGACCCAUGGAAUCGAACCCUGAAACGAGGGCUGAUGAUGUGCCACAGGUUUUUCCAACUUUGUUCUUUGUUUUCUUGUUCGAUCGGGCCCGUUUCGGUUUUUCUGUCGGUUUGGCUGGUUUGUAUUCCGAACGCCCAAUAAUCAGCAAAUUGUGAUAUCAAUUUUGCUGGUCACAAGUGCAACCAAAGAAACAUGGAACUAUUGGCGAGUUGGUUUGUUAUAGACUAAUUUAAGACUUGUUUGGAGAGGUUUACGUGUGGUACGUACUUAACCAUCUUCUAAGAUGGGACUUGUUUAUGCUUCUGACUCGAGCCAUGAGAGUGACUCUAGCCGUGAUGGUAGGGCUAGGGACCGAAUGUGCGCGAGUUGCUCGUAUCGAAGGAACCAAAAAAUGGAGAUUUUUCUGGUGGUAUGAUGCUUAUACCCACUGGGUUGAUGCUCAUGGGGACCAGGCUCUGUUGUAGAUUCAUGAAGAACACGACCCGGCCGACGAGUUUUGACGCAUGCAGUAGUCGAGCAGCCGUAGGCGCCAGCCAUAGUCAGAUGGUUAGCUAGCUUUCUUCCUAAAAACCUUUCCAUAUGCUUAGUAAAUAAGAUAUUGUUCGUUAAGUUUAUGCUUUUUUCGUGUUGUGGGGAAUGCUAGCUUUUGUAGUGUGUUACACCAUCUCCAAUAAGAAGGGAGCCAAAAUUCUAGAGUGCUAGAAUUAUUUGACACUUCGGCUAUCAAAAGUGAAAUUUGCUCCAACAAUGGAGUACUGGAACUAAAGUGUCAAACUUGCUUUUUUUUUUUAUUAUUAUUUAGUUUCGUGCACAUUUCAUAGUUUAUAUAGAUAGAUUAUAGGUUAGUUUUAUAUAUGUAGUAAUAAUUAAUUAAGAUGAAUAUUUCGAUGCAAUUUUUUUUACUUAAUAUAUUUCAUAAAAUAUGAUUGACAUAAAUUCAUCACAAAAAAUUAGAAUAAAUUUAAUUUUGGAUCAAAUAAUAACUUUUUUAAUAUGGAAUUACUUUCUUCAUUCACUUAUUGUUUGUAUUUAUAUAAGCUAAGCAUACUCUAACCUAUGGGUUACUGCUACACUAAUUGUAUUGAUGGGGUAAUUAAAUUUUUGGGGGUGGGGGAUCAAUUGUUUGGAAACACAAAUGGACCAGCCACUGAGAUUGGCGGUGGGUGACACCCGCCUUAGUGCUUCCCUUCCCUUCAGCGCGCGUGUGCCACCUUCUCCUGGUGGGUCGCGUCCAUUUCGUGGAAUUGUGGGGCCCAGCAAUUCUGGCUCCUUUUAGCCAUUUUUAACACUACAAGUCCAUAUUUGUUGUCCAUUUUCCAACUCCUAUUGGAGGGCUUUUGAGCUAUGAACUUUGGCGGGUAAAUGUCAAAUUUGGUCACCGAGAUUACUAAAUUGUGUUAUGUUUA